AUGGAAGGAUAUUUAAUGAAAUGGACAAACAUUUUUUAAAGAUGGUAACCACGUUACUUUAUUCUUUACGAUGAUAUUUUAACAUAUUGUGAAUAGAAAGGAAGUUCUGUUGAAGGUAGAGUAAGUUUGAAAAUAUCUGGUAUUUUCACAGUAGAAGAUGAUGCAACAUAGAUAUUAAUAUAAACAGGAACUAAUGAGUUAAAAUUAAAAGCAAAUAGUUAAACAUAAAUUGUAGAUUGGUUUAAUGCAUUAAGAAUAGCUUAAGAGAAAUCAUAGAAAAAUAAGGUAUAAAAUUUUGAAAGUCAUAUAAAUGAUUUAUUAUCAACAAUUUGGGUUACUUUUGCAGCAUUUGAUGAAACCUUGAAUACUCUAUAGAUAAAUUGUUCUAAAUUUUAGUAAGAAUUAAUAACAAAAUUACAUACUCUUGGUUAGAAUUUAAAGACAUUUUUAACUUUGGGAUUUACUUUAAUAGAGUAAGAGAAGGAGAGAUUUGAGAAUAAUGAAAAUAGUGUUUAUGAAAGUUUUAAUGAAAUGUAGAGUGUAAUUCCAAAUAAUGGAAUUCCUAAAUAAAUAUAAAUAAAAGUAUAAGAGUUUGAUACACCUUAAAGGGGAAACAACUUUAAAAGUAUAGUAGAAUCAAUAAAACAUACUUAACCAAUAAAAUAUGUAUGAAAUAAAAUAAUAGAUUAGAGAAAUUUAGUAAAUAGCCCUGUGUUUACAAGAAUGUGUAUAACAGAUGAUCCAGAAAGAAUGUGUUUACCAUAUAAAUAGGAUCCGAAAGAGAAAUUUAAUAUAUGGCCUUUUCUAAAAUCAUGUAUUGGGAAAGAUCUAACAAGAAUUCCAUUUCCUUGUAAUAUUUGAUAAUUAAAUUAAAAAGUGAUAUUCCAUUAGCCAAUGUCAGUAUUAUAAUUGAUAGUACAACAAUUUGCUUAUUUUGAUUAAAUUAAGAAAGCAAGUUAAUGCGAAGAUUCAUGUAAAAGAAUGUGCCAUAUAAUUGCAUUCACAUUAUCUAGAUGUUCAUCAACAUUAGAUGGUUAAAAAAAACCAUUUAAUCCUCUUUUAGGAGAAACAUUUGAAUUUUUGACACCAGAUUACAGUAUUGUUUGUGAAUAAGUAUCUCAUCAUCCUCCAAUAUCAGCAAUGCAUUGUGAAGGAAAAGACUUUAAGUUUUGGUCAUAAAAUGAUGCAUCAAUAGGUUUUGGAGGAACACAUAUCAAAAUAUAAAUAGUUGGCAAAUCUCACAUUUAUUUAAAAAGAUUUAAUGAACAUUAUAGUUUUGAUAUGCCAAAUAUGCAUAUUAAAAAUUUGAUAUUUGGAGAAAAAUAUUUUGAACAUGUAGGAAAGAUUAAAUAUAUAAAUCAUUAGACUGGAGAUAUUGGAAUAGUUGAUUUAGUUGAGUAUGGAGAAGGAAAAGUAAUUAAUAUUAAUAAAUUUAAUAGAAUUUUACUUAAAUUGAUGCUGAAGUUAGAGAUAAAUAUCAAAAUUUGAGAUAUAAAAUAACUGGAUUUUAUAAUUCAGCUUUAUAUAUUGGAAAUGAAUUACUUUGGUAGAGAAUAAUACCAAGUAAAGAAGCUUAUUAUUAUUACAAUUAUAUUCCUUUAUAAAUGUAAGCUAAUUAUCUCAAUACUGAAAUUUUACUUGUAAUUUUUAUUUCAUUAUUAAAUUAGUAAAUACCAUGUACUGAUUCUAGAUUAAGACCAGAUAUAGCAGCUUUAGAACAUGGGUGGAAAGAGAUUGGAUAAGAUGAAAAAAUAAGAAUGGAAGAAAAACAAAGAGAAAAAAGAAAAAUUAUGGAAUCAAGGAAUGAAACUCAUAUUCCUAAAUUCUUUGAAAUUAAAGAAGAUAUUGACACUAAAUCUAAAGGAUAUGUAUUUAAAGGAAAUUAUUGGACAGAAAAACACGAAGUUAUAGAUAUAUUUUGA